AUGUCCCGUCCUAUUGUUAUUUCCGGUCCAAGCGGUACAGGUAAAUCUACCUUAUUGAAGAAACUAUUUGCUGAGUACCCAAAAUCCUUCGGAUUUAGUGUUUCGUCCACUACCAGAGCUCCAAGAGCCGGUGAGGUCAACGGAAAAGACUACAACUUUGUUGAUGUAGAAGGGUUCAAAUCCAUGAUUAAAAACAAUGAAUUUAUCGAAUGGGCUCAAUUUUCUGGCAACUACUACGGUACCACCGUUGCUUCCGUCAAACAAGUCGGUGAAACUGGUAAGACUUGUAUUUUAGACAUCGAUAUGCAAGGUGUCAAGUCUGUCAAGGAAGUCCCAGAAUUAAAUGCUAGAUUUUUGUUUGUGGCUCCACCAUCGAUCGACGAUUUGAGAAAGAGACUGGAGGGCAGAGGUACUGAAACCGAAGAAUCCAUCUCCAAGAGAUUAAGCGCCGCUGAAGCUGAAUUAGCAUACGCCAAAACUGGCGCUCAUGAAAAAAUCAUCGUUAACGAGGACUUGGACAGGGCCUACAAGGAAUUGAAGGACUUCAUCUUCGCUGAAAACUAA